AUGCAUGGCUUGGAAAGUUCGGUUGUCCUAAAGAGUCAACCGGAGGGCAAUGAGUGGCUGAAUCAUUGGAAGGGGGAGGUUGUGCGACUGAAUGGUCCAUCCCGUUUGCCCAUCGUGGUGGUUGGGGCUGGGAGUCAUUGCUGUGCAGUCUCAUAUGUCUUCCGAGGACAUCCUGGCGCCCGAAUCGCCGGUCGCAUUGGUGGCAUUGGAACGGCUUUGAAUUCGCAUCUGCUCUAG